AUGUCACAUCAUGGUAACGUAAUAGACGGUACAUCUCGAUUACAUCGAGUUGUUGAUUUAUGUCAUUCAAAUUAUAAUUCUUUAACUUUUUCAAAUAUUAAUAUUUUAUCAAUAAAACGAUGUUUGUCAAAUAUUAAUAAAAAUGAAAAAGACAUCAAUUUUAAUACAGAACUUUUUAAACCAUCAACAGCUAAGAAGGAAACACAUGUACCAGAUGAACUUAAAGGUGAACAACCAAAAGAAACAAUUAAUUCAAUACCAAAAACUACAACAACAUUAUCUGGUAGUGGAAAAGUCUGGUCUGUUCAAAAUGCCAGUUCAGUACAUAUCGUUCCAUCAGAUGCUGCUACAAGUACAUUUGUUCCAACGUCAACUAAAGGUGGUCCUACAGUUCAUGAAACAAUAGUUCAUACAAAACAAGGUGAAUUAAAUAUUGAUGAUCCACUUCGAACUCAUGUUUUACAAUCGGAAACUACAACAGCUCAAUUAGCUGAAGCUGCAGCUACUUCAGCUUUUGAACCGAAUACACCAUUAAUAACAGAUACAGUAUUUGCACCGAAAAUUUCUUCAACAGAUCUUUAUUCAAGUGCAUCAUCACCAACAGCACAAUUUCAAAGUAGUAUUCCAUCAAUAACUCCAGAUACAACAGUAUAUGAAACUACAAAUAAAUCGAAAAUAUUCGGUGGUCAAGAUACAUCAGCAUCAACAAAAACACAUCCAACAGAAGAUCCAUUUGAUACAAAGAAAAUCAACAAGACAAGGCAAGAAAUAUUUCAUACUUUAUUAAAAUAA